AUGCCAACAACUCAGGAAUACAAUAAGAUUGAAAACACCAAACAUGAUAAGCAAGAAAAUCAGUGUUUGACCGAUAAGAAAAUACCAAAAGCAACAGCAUCCAACAGAGAGACCAGUACUCAGCAACAUGGUCGGCCCGUCAAGAGUAGAAGUCAUAAAGUUCCACAAAUCUAUCGUCGUAAAAUACGCGAACGCGUCAUCCACUUGUUGGCGCUGAAGCCUUACAAAAAGCUGGAACUGUAUGGACGGCUACAGAACGAGGGAAUACGAAAAGCCGAACAACUGUUAAUUGGCAACAUACUUAGGGACAUAGCACUGCUACGAGACAAUGCUUACAGUUUGAAGAGAUAUGUUUGGAAUGAAGUUAACGAAAAUUGGCCAUUUUACACAGUGCAUCAACAGCAACAGUUAAAAUUGUAUAAGUUACAAAAUUUAAACAACUUAGGUAGUUCAGACGAGAUAGGUACUCUCUCUGCGGAUAACGAAAUUGAAAACAAAACUUGUACGAAACGCGCUUUGGUAGAGUACGAAGAGCCACGUGCCUCGAAAAAGCGGCGUAUUAGUCAUGCUUCAGUACGUAAUAAUAUGAGCUCUAACAGCAAAGAAAAUAAUGCAACUAAUGGAACAGCGCCAAAAUUUCAACAAAACGAGAACAACAGCAACAGAAAGAAAACAGUGGACACGGUGAAGAAAGUUAAAAAUAACCAGCAUAAGGAAGCUAUACGCCAGACAACCUUCGCCGAUACACAGAACCUAACAGUUCAGGAACCAGGUCACUCCAAAAUCUCCACAGUAUCAGCUAACGACCAAACGAAUCAACACCAUGGACCGGACUUCACAGUUUACGAAGAGUCGCCAAAAGCUCUUGCAUCUAUUUCGCCAACUAACACUGAAGUCUCCAACUACGACUUUAGUUGGUACACGCCUAUAACAAGCAUCGAACAGCGACGGCAAUACAAAGCCGAUUUUGAGAUAGAUUACGCGGAAUACGUGCCACUACUGGCACGCGUCGAUGAAGUGCGCUAUAUAUUCCGCGAGCUGCCCAUGCAAUUGCAGCAAGUACCUGAAGGUACGCCGGAAUAUGAGCGUAUCAAAAAUCGAAUUUUUCUGGAAUAUGAACGACUCAAUAGCGCGGAGGAGAUUGAGCUUAAGCAACGUUUCGACUAUUUGGAGGCAAAGUUGUUGCAUAUAAAACAACUCGUGGAUGACUAUGAUGAAAAGUGGCUGACGGAAAAGGCUGUGCAGGCUGCAAUGGACGCAGCAAGAGAGUACCUUAAUGGAGAGCAAUGA